AUGCAACUGGACAAAAAUUCUGCAGAUCUGUUGAGUGAACACACAAGAAUUAUUAUCUUCUUUGAUGAAGCAUCUGCUCUCCUUGACAAAUGUUUGAGCAGCCAUAUCUUAUUGGCAUUGACCUGGUGGAUGAUGGCCUAUAUUUUGGCAAUUUCCGGCACAAUUACUGCAGUUGAAAACAUUAUGAUAUGCAUUGGAGGUUCUGUAUUUCUUCAAGGAAAAUGCUAUGCGCAAGUGUCUGCCAAUAGCAAACAUUAUUACAUGAAGAUCUUCGACAUGAGGAAGCCAGAACCAGCACAUUCAAAGCUUGCGUUCAUUAGGUCUCCAAAUUUCACCCCACGAAAAUCAAAAAAGGUGCAAGCAGGCAGACCAGAAUAA